ACCCUCCAAUUCCUAUCCUCUCCACACUUGUCCCCUAACACUCCCCAGAUAUUCCUAUUGAUCACCUCCAUAAAUAUGCACUCUCGCUAUCCACUUCCCUCACACUUCUUUCACAAAACCCCCCACAGAGCUUCUUCAGCACUAUAAUGGCAACCAUGUCCUCAACUUUGCUCUCCUCCAAGCUCAAGACCAGUUUCUUGGACACCCACCAGUCUUCCGUCUAUGGAGUCCCCAUUUCAUCACCCUCUAGCGUCCAACCCAUCAAGGCCAACCACCCACAAAACCUCUCUGUUUCCAUGUCUGCUUCGUCUCCACCUUAUGAUCUUCAGUCCUUCAAAUUUGCACCCAUUAAAGAAUCGAUUGUUUCUCGUGAAAUGACCCGUCGAUACAUGAUGGACAUGAUCACCUAUGCUGAUACAGAUGUUGUCAUCGUCGGUGCUGGCUCUGCUGGACUUUCCUGCGCAUAUGAACUCAGCAAGAAUCCAUCAGUACAGGUGGCUAUCAUUGAGCAAUCUGUGAGCCCCGGUGGUGGAGCAUGGCUCGGCGGCCAACUCUUCUCUGGCAUGGUGGUUCGAAAACCAGCUCAUCACUUCCUCGAUGAACUGUGUGUGGACUACGACGAACAGGACAACUACGUGGUGAUCAAACAUGCGGCUUUGUUCACUUCCACAAUCAUGAGCAAGCUUUUAGCUCGACCCAAUGUGAAGCUUUUCAACGCUGUCGCAGCCGAGGAUUUGAUUGUGAAGGGAAACAGAGUAGGUGGUGUGGUGACCAAUUGGGCAUUGGUAUCGAUGAACCAUGACACUCAAUCUUGUAUGGACCCGAAUGUGAUGGAGGCUAAGGUGGUGGUGAGCUCAUGUGGUCAUGAUGGUCCUUUUGGAGCCACUGGUGUUAAGAGGUUGAAGAGCAUUGGGAUGAUUGAUAGUGUGCCUGGAAUGAAGGCUUUGGACAUGAAUGCUGCUGAGGAUGCCAUUGUGAGGCUCACCAGAGAGGUAGUUCCAGGAAUGAUUGUUACUGGCAUGGAGGUUGCUGAAAUUGAUGGAUCUCCUAGAAUGGGACCUACUUUCGGAGCAAUGAUGAUAUCCGGGCAGAAAGCAGCUCAUUUGGCUUUGAAAUCGCUGGGACUCCCGAACGCGCUGGAUGGGAACUAUGUGGGAAGCAUUCACCCUGAGCUCAUCCUUGCAGCUGUUGAUGCAUCUGAGAUUGCUGAUGCUUGAAAACAUUCAGUCGAUGAAGAUUUGCCUCAUAGACUUUAGCAACAGAACUAUCAAUGAUCACUACGUUGUCACCAAGUAAUGUGACCUUCAAUAAUAACGUGAGGAAUGUAAAAGAUCUGUUUUUGGAUUAGUGGGUUGUAGAAGUGGAGUUGGUGACCUUUUGUGAAUGAAUGAUUGGGUGUAUGUCUUUUAUCUUUUGUUCUUUUUCUUGGAACUUCAUGCGCUAAUUGUGGCAAUGUAGCAUUUAGUGCUUUACCUCUGUUGCCUUUUGCCUAUUCUGUUCUGUCUUUGCUUACUGUCAAGUGCGCAUUGAUCUUAUGGUAUAUGCUUUGUUCUAAGGAUAUGCGUUUCCGUAAUCUCUUGAUGCUGUUCAUGAGAGAAAAACCUUUUUUUUCAGAGGCAGAAAAGCCUCUCUGAGAGAGAAUGAGAAUCCUCCGAGUUCAUGAGUGAGAGAGAGAGAGAGGAUCAACAGGACAUAAUCCUUUGUCCUGCUGAUUCUUGAAAUAGUAAUGUAAGCAGCAAUAAGAGUGAGAGGAAUGGAAAAGUUUGUUGUUGGAUUAGUGGGUUUUACAAGUGGAGGUAGUGGUGACCUUUUGUUAAUGCUUGGCUGUGUCUCUUUCUCUUUGUUCUUUUCUUGGAACUUUAUCUGCUAAUAGUGGCAAUAUAGCAUUAGUUCUUUUGCUCUUUG